AUGAAGAGGAAGACUGACAGAAAGAGAACAUGGCUCAAAAGUUCCAGUGGAGGGGAUGGCGCUCAUGUAUUCAUCAGUUCUGGUGAAAAUGUCAGUCUGUGCUGUAAUAAUGCUCUUCCUGACUGUAAAUCAACUACAUGGAACUAUAACAGAUUCAGACAUUUAGCAGCAGUUGAACUGAUUGCUUUAGGGAUAAAGAAGACAGACACAGAGAGACAUGAGAGACUGAGUCUGAGGUCUGACUGCUCUCUGAACAUCAAGAACGUCUCAAAAGAAGAUUGUGGAUUUUACUCCUGCAGACAAUAUGUGAAUGGAGAACAACAAGGAACUGAUGCUUGUGUUUAUCUGCAUGUUCUUCAUGUCUCUGAGAUCAGCGCAGGCCGCUCUGUGACUCUCUCCUGUCAGUUGUAUUCAAUUGAUGAAGUCUCUUGUGACGAUUGGAUCCGUUCUGAGGGAAUUCAUCUGUUCUGGGUGAAUCAGGCUGGUGUUAAACUGAUGAGAUCAGACUCCAUAUAUCAGAUAUUAUUCUCAUCAGAUCAUUGUAUCGUCACUCUGAAUACAACAUUCCUGAUUGAAGUUCACAACAGAGAGUGGAGAUGUGCAGUUACUCAUAGAAAUCAAGUCAAGACCUCAGUCACAUAUACAGUCAAGAGUUCAGGUGAGAAACUAACUUUCUUUACUCACUUUGAGAAGACUCUCUGACAUGAGGUUUAAUAAGGUCAUUCAUUCAGAAAAACUGAAGAGCUGCAUAUAAACUGGUCUAAGCAAAAUCCUACCAACCCUCAUUAUUGCGAAACAUAAUUUCUUCUUCUGAUUUACAUUAAUGUCUUUUCAAUGCUCUGGUUGUUUCUCCUUUUUUUUUUUUUUUUUAGUUUAUUUUUUCCAAUCCUGAUAUUUACAUUUACUAUACUUUUUUUUUUUUAAUCAGUAUGUGAAAUGUAGUUCACAGCUUCAACUCUCUCCUCACAAUUUCAUUCUUUUUUCCAUCUUGGGACAUAAGAGGGCGUCCUAUAACUGUCUAUUUGAGCCGUAACAGCUGCCCAAU